CGAAUCACCGACCAGUUUGAGGGAAGAGUUGGUGAGGUGCUGAAAAAUCUUCAAGUGAGAUCUGCACCGGCUGGAUUUUAAGAACUGACAACUUUCAAGCAUAACCCAGAACCCUCAUCACAAUGAAUAGGGCACGUGUAUUGUCACAUUUACUGUCUCGGGUACCGCCUGGGACACCUGUGACAGCAGUACGAGCCUGGCUUAUAGGAGGUGCACGGGGUAAAGCUUCAGCACCACCCCCACCAACAGCCCUUGCUGCUGAACCUUUCUUGAAUGGUUCAUCCUCAAAUUAUGUAGAAGAAAUGUACAAUGCCUGGCUUCAUGACCCUAAAAGUGUACAUCAGUCUUGGGAUACAUUUUUUCGGAAUACAUCCGCCGGUGCACAGCCAGGAGAGGCGUACAUGGCACCUCCCUCCCUAGCCCAGCCCACACGACAUCAUGUACCCCUGUCAUCCAUAGCCCCAGCCAUAAGUCCUGCAGUCGGUAGAACCCCACUCACAGAUAACGUUAUUGAUGAUCAUUUGGCAGUACAAGGUAUCAUCCGAGCUUAUCAGGCUCGUGGCCAUUUGAUUGCUGCGUUGGACCCUCUGGGCAUUGACCGCGAAGCGCUCUCAGAACGACCACCAUCGACGAUGCCCAGCAGAAUUGUAAUUCGUGGUCACAGCAUUGCUAAGAUUGAUCCUCUUGGUAUCAACACUGUGGAUUCCAGCGAGAGCAGGGAACUUGUCGUCCGCAAUUAUAUGAAUCGUUUCAAUGAAUCAGAUAUGGACCGGUCAUUUAAGCUGCCAAUGUCCACUUUUGUGGGUGGGAACGAAAAGACUCUCCCCCUGAAGGAAAUCAUCAAGAGACUGGAGGAUGCCUACUGCCGCUCCAUAGGUGUUGAGUUUAUGUUCAUCAACUCGUUGGAACAGUGCAAUUGGAUCCGUCAGAAGUUUGAGUCUCCAGGAAUCAUGGCCAUGAAUCAGCAAGACAAGAGACUUCUGUUGGCAAGAUUAACUAGAUCUCAUGGGUUUGAAGCCUUCUUGGCUCGGAAGUUCUCUUCAGAAAAACGUUUUGGUCUAGAAGGCUGUGAAAUUUUGAUUCCUGCCAUGAAACAGGUGAUUGAUCGUUCCACUUCAUUGGGAGUUGAGAGUUUUGUGAUGGGGAUGCCACACAGAGGGCGUCUUAAUGUUUUAUCUAAUGUUUGCCGCAAGCCACUUGAACACAUCUUUACUCAGUUUGCUGGUUUAGACACUGGUGAUGAGGGUUCUGGGGAUGUUAAAUAUCACUUGGGUACAUAUCAAGAACGUCUGAACCGCGUAACAAACAAGAACAUUCGUUUGGCCAUUGUUGCCAACCCAUCCCACCUUGAAGCUGUGGAUCCAGUUGUUCAGGGCAAGACACGUGCUGAGCAGUUUUAUCAUGGUGACUCUGAGGGUAACAAGGUACUGUCAAUUCUGCUCCAUGGAGAUGCUGCAUUUUCUGGCCAGGGCAUUGUGUAUGAAACUUUCCACUUGUCUGAACUGCCAGAGUACACAACCCACGGUACAAUCCAUGUUGUUGUCAACAAUCAGAUCGGUUUUACAACUGACCCCCGUAUGUCUCGAUCUUCACCAUACUGCACUGAUGUUGCCCGUGUUGUGAAUGCUCCCAUUUUCCAUGUCAACGCUGAUGAUCCCGAGGCUGUUAUGCAUGUUUGUAAUGUGGCUGCAGAUUGGCGUCACACUUUUCACAAGGAUGUAGUUAUUGACCUGGUAUGCUACCGACGCAAUGGCCACAAUGAAGUGGAUGAACCCAUGUUUACUCAGCCUCUUAUGUACAACAGAAUUCGUAAACUAAAGCCAGUUAUUGAACUAUAUGCAGACAAGCUUAUUAGUGAAGGAGUUGUCAGUGCAGAAGAAACAAAGGAAGUGAGGGAUAGAUAUGAAAAGAUUCUUGAGGAGGCAUUUACAGCAGCAAAGUCAGAGACCCGAGUCUUCAACAAACACUGGAUUGACUCUCCAUGGUCAGGUUUCUUUGAGGGCAAGGAUCCCUUGAGAGCAACUCCAACUGGUGUCCAUGAAGACACCCUGACACAUAUCUGUAAACGGUUUGCAAGUGCACCACCCAAUGCUAGUGACUUUGUGAUUCAUCGUGGGCUGCAGCGUAUCUUGAGCAGCCGAAUGGAGAUGGUUAAGGCACGAACUGUUGACUGGGCAAUGGGUGAGGCUGUGGCCUUUGGGUCUCUGCUCAAGGAAGGUGUCCAUGUUCGUCUCUCAGGUCAGGAUGUAGAGAGAGGAACCUUCUCACAUCGUCACCAUGUUCUCCAUCAUCAAAAGGUGGACAAAUCCCAAUACAAUGCUCUGGCAAACCUGUACCCAGAUCAAGCCCCCUACACAGUGUGCAACUCAUCUCUCUCUGAGUAUGCAGUGUUGGGCUUUGAGCUUGGUUUCUCCAUGACGAAUCCCAAUGCUUUGGUUCUCUGGGAGGCUCAGUUUGGUGACUUCAACAACACAGCACAGUGCAUCAUUGAUCAGUUUAUAUCCUCUGGGCAGUCAAAGUGGAUCAGACAAACUGGUCUUGUUUUGUUGUUACCACAUGGCAUGGAAGGCAUGGGACCUGAACACUCCAGUUCCCGCCUUGAGCGCUUCCUGCAGAUGACCUCAGACGAUCCAGAUGUUCUCCCUGCAUUUUCAAGUGACUUCGCAAUCCGGCAGUUGUCUGAUAUCAACUGGAUUGUUGCUAACUGCUCCACCCCAGGCAACUUGUUCCACGUCCUUCGAAGACAAAUUGCUCUUCCCUUCAGAAAACCACUGAUUAUCAUGACCCCUAAAUCUCUCCUCCGUCACCCAGAAGCCAAAUCCUCCUUUGAUGACAUGGUUGAGGGAACUGAAUUCCAAAGAAUAAUCCCAGAGGCUGGCCCAGCAGCAAAGAAUGAAGCAGGUGUAAAGCGCCUCAUUUUCUGCUCGGGCAAGGUGUACUAUGACUUGGCAGCUGCCCGCAAAGAAGCUGGUAUUGAGGAUUCGAUUGCAAUUGCAAGAGUGGAACAGAUUGCACCUUUCCCAUAUGACCUGAUUAAACAAGAAUGUGACAAGUACCCAGAUGCUGAAUUGGUUUGGUCCCAGGAGGAACACAAGAACAUGGGUGCUUGGUCCUACAUUCAGCCACGCAUUGCUACUGCCCUCAAUCAUGAAAGACACAUUGUCAAAUGUGACAAGGUGGCGAAUGAUUCAGAGGGCCACGAGUCUCAGUCUUGGUAUGAAUAUUGGUUCCCUUGGGCCUUCCCUACCUCGAGCCAAACAGAAGCCUCCAUCCCACCUAAAAGAGAGACUCCAAUAGCCUCUGAUACCAGAGUGUUGAGGUAUGCCGGCCGCCCAGUCUCUGCCUCUCCUGCCACUGGUAACAAGAAGACCCACACCCGCGAGGUUAAGCAACUCCUAGAAGACGCACUUGCCCUCUGAACCCAAUACCAUAGUCACUAAUGGUCUGGUCAUGCAUUAUAAAAUGUAGAGUAAAACCUUUUCAGAAUAUAGAACUAACUGUAUUGUCUAGUUACUCACUAUACAAGCUCUAGGCACCAAACAAAAUAUUCUUUGAUAUUGCAUCCAUUGCAUAAACUGUGAAUCAGAUGAUGUGAAAUUUUGUUUGCAUUAAAGGUUUCUUAAGAAUUAAAUGAAACCCGUUAAAUAAAUUAACUACUGUAUUCUUAAGUAACAGUCAUGUACAGGUAGUCCCCAAGUUACAAUCAUCCACACUUAUGAACGGGAUCCCAAUACAUUCAUCGCAAAAAUUUGUAAUUAAAAUCCCAUUUUUUACUUUUUCAUUAUUCUAUAUUGCUUAACAUGACUUUAUUUCCAGUAUUUAUAUUAUUUAUGGAAUAUUACUGUUGUUUUGUAUGGGCAGGGUUGUGUUUUAACCUAACUUAUACUAUGGAAUUAACAGUGUUCUGACUUGCCAACAAAUCGACUUACGAUCAGGGUCCAGGAAAGUAUCUCCAUCGUAAGUCGAAGACUGCCUGUAUGCUGUAUACAGACAGAAUCAAGAUUUCCAUAAUUUCAUACAAAAUACAGUAUGUUAAAUCAGAAAGGUUUUACUAUUCUGUAUCUAGAGUUAUCAAAGGACCAUCUGUCUAUUAGUAUACUUGAAACAUCAUGUUAUAGUACUGUACUGUAAUGUGAAAUGAAACAAAAUUAAAUGAAAGGUACUUAUUUAUGUAAUAUAUUAAUGUUCAGCCUUGAAACAAGACAAUUUUAUUGAUUGUUAUUUUUCAGACAUUUCUCCCUCUAAUUACCACUUGUACAUCAUUUUUGCUUUAAGCAAAAAAUCUGAUGGGCUAAUUUAGCUGUGUGGAGAGUAAUUACCAGUGCUAAGAAUUAUGAAUACAGAUAACUUGAAAAAUGGAACUGCAAGUCUCAUAUAACAUUGGAAAUUGACAGUAGUUAAAGGGAGAUUGUAUGAAAGUAAUUUUUUUUGCAGAGUGCAAAUUAAUGUGAAAAUUGCUUAAAAGUUUAAGUUUGCUCUAGGAAUUCUCUUAUAUGAACUAAGCAUUUUUUGUAGAUAGUUUUUCUCUGCUCUGUUAAGUUAGGAAUAAUGUAGUGAUUGUAUAAAAUGUGAUAUGCUGUGCAGUAGUGUAAAUAGUUGGAUAACAUAAGAAUGCUUGUACCCUUUUUAUUAGGUUGUUAGCAGUUAACAAUAUUCUGUUCUCAUGCACUUCAGUUUUGUUGAAGUUUUUUAACAGUAGUAAGGAUACAGUGCAGUUAAAGAUUGUAGAUAUGCUUCUUUAGAUUUUUAUUAAGAAAUCUGACAUACAUUUAAGUUGAAGAUAAACCUCCAUUAUAUGUUCUCUCUCAUUUAAUGUGGGUGGCAUCAAAUUCAGAUAAUGUCAGGCCUUGGUUGGCUGAUUGACCAACUCUGCUCCUACCUGAGUAACUGGCCAAGAGGAGAUUGACCCUCGACCUAAUCUGAAUUGGCAAGCUACAAAAACAGGGCUAUACUUCACACACCCUCAAAGGCUCAUGUGUGUAUAUAUACAUACAUGCAUAUAUGUAUAUAUAUAUAUAUUUAUAUUAUUACUGUAAUUAUUGUUAAUCUCCAGGAAUAUAACAAAGCUAUUACUGAUCAUGUCAUCAUUGCUUCAUAUUAAUGCUGUUUACUUAGUUAAUUUAUAUUUAUUGGGUAAUACAGACAGAGUAAGGGAUAGUUAUUAAGGCUGAUUGUCUUCAAAGUCAAUGUUAAUAACUUUUAUAAACCAUAAAUUAUUUAUAGGAAUUUUUCAUUCAGUGAAUGUGCAGUUAUUUUGAUACACUUUAUUUUUUUAAGUUGGUUUGAUGCCUAUAAUAAAUUUACUUUUCAUACAUAUGAGAAUUUUUCACAUUUGUUUUGGUUAGAAAAUUUUAAACCUUUUCAGGAUUAAUUAUAGAUAAAAUUGCAGGUUUUAUGAAAUUUCAUGAUGAAACUUUUGCUAUUUUAGUGCUAAAACAGGAUUAGCGUUUUGUAACUUACUUCAGUUGCUCAGAGGACUUGAAACCAGGAACAAAGGUGACUAUAUAUUUUUUAAUUAGCUGCACAUUAAUACAAAUUGUGUAAUACUUAAUACCUUGGAGGCCCCCACCAUAGAGAGAGAGAGAUAAACUCUACCUCCUUCACUCCCAUUUUCUUUCUUCCUUAAUCUCUCUCUCCCCCUCUCCAUAGUCCUUGUGUUAUGAUGUGUUUGUUAUCCACACCUUUCCUGCAAUGGCUUUUGUAUUGCUCAGCAGUGACUCAAAAGACUACCUAAUAUUGACUUUUAUCAAUGCUCGAGUAGCCUUUGGCAAAACUUAAUUAUACUGUAUAGGACUAUUCCUGGGUCUGAUGGUGAAGGUGGCAUUGCUAUUUGCAUGAAAUGAUUUUUUUUUUAUGAAACACACUAGCUUUGUUUUACUUGAGAUCUGUAGCAAUGCAUUUUGCUAUGUAGAUUAACUGCUGUAGCACUUGAGAGUCCAGAAUGGACAAUUGAAUUUGCUUUAGUGGUAUUUUAAAAAUCCUCUGGGAUGAGCCUGCCAGUAGUUAUGUAAUAGUAGAUGUAUCUUGAUUAAAACUAAACCUGACUCGCCUUUGUUGUCAGUAGAUGUUGCAUAGUAUACAGUUUAAUGAUUUGCUAGUUUCUAAUGAAGUUGCAUUUGGUUGUCUCCAGCUGGACUAGUCAAACUACCAAAGCUUGAAAUUAUCUUUUAUUUAUGAGAUGGGAUUUGUGAAUGAUGCAAUGACAAAACAGAUGUACAUAUGUACACAAUUAAUGCAUGAUGUACAUCUGCCAUAUGUGUUAUGUUCAUCUUCUAUACAUAAGGUUUAAGGAAUCUAGUAAUAAAUUAAUACAAAAAAUUGUGUAUUAUGUAUAUCUAAAGUAUUUUCUCAUAUUUGGGAUUAUAAUGAGCUUUGAUAUAACAAUUUUGUAUAUUACCGGGUAUGUAAAAGAUGAGAAUGUGUGGAAAAUGCCUUUUCAUAAUUAUCACUUAUAUUUAUCUACCGGUAUCUACAGUACAUUUUAGGCCUUUUCCUAUCAUUUAAGCAAGGUGGUUUUAGCUUCAUCAAUUGCUCCAGUGACAACCAUUUUAAGUUCAAUAUGCUGAUUUCAUUUAGAAUUAUAUUUGAGAAAAAAUAAAUGUGUGGGCACUGAUUGUAAAGGUAAAAUUUUCAUUCACACAGAAAGGUUUCAAAAUAUAUGGGUUAUUAAAAUUUAUACUGUAUCUCAUAAUUAGUUCUGCUAUGAAAUUAUUGUUGGCAUUGUAGAAAUUGGUGUAACUGCUUUUUUUAAAUUGUUUGACACUAGAGUCAGUUUUUGAGCAUCAAGUGCCUAUUCACACUACUGGGUGAGUAAAAAUGCAUUGCACCACUUCUUUUAAUGCUUUCUGUAAUUGCUUCGCUUGUGGGAUGAGGCAGCCGCCUGUGCCUCAAUGACUUUCUCAACAACCACCAGCUAUAUACUAUGCAUAAUAUUAGUAAUAUAUACUUUUUCACAAGUAGUGGAACUCUGCUUGAAAAAUGAUUAUGGAAGACUGUAAAUAAUGUUUUAUUUUUCAAGCACAGCUGUACAUGGAUAAAGCAAGGAAAUAUAUGAAGUAUGACUGUU